AUGUCAGAAAUGGAAGUUGAUGAUACAGGGCCAGUGGCAUCCCUCAGUGAAAAUAAGAAACGUUUCGAAAUAAAAAAGUGGUAUGCGGUUGCUUUAUGGGCUUGGGAUAUUGUCGUUGAUAAUUGUGCUAUCUGCCGAAAUCACAUAAUGGACUUAUGUAUUGAAUGUCAAGCUAACCACGCCUCUGCUACAAGUGAAGAGUGCACUGUUGCUUGGGGUGUUUGUAAUCAUGCCUUUCAUUUUCACUGUAUAUCUCGAUGGUUGAAAACACGACAAGUUUGCCCUCUAGACAAUCGUGAAUGGGAACUGCAGAAACGCAUGGUGAGUUGGUGCUGUGGUCUUUGUGCAAAUUCAGGAAAUGACGAAGAUGAGGAAGCUGAACGUCAGAGAUUAAUUCCAAGCCCCCAGCUUUCAUACGAUGGGACACAGCAACCAUAUGGAAGUUUUUCACCUCCAGAUCCUGUUACAAAUGAACCUCAGUCAGAUAUCAAUACCAUGAUGACAAAUAUAAUAAAAGUUGCUGAGAAUCAAGUGGUGGAUGCUGGAGCAACAGAUUACAAUCCCCUAGAUUCACAAGAACAUAUUGAACGGUCAAGAUACUACGCAGAAAGCAUAGCUCGACAGCCUUUAGGCCCGCCACCGUUGCCAGUGUUUUUGCCAAGAACAUUUGGAAAUCCUGCGUCAAUCAUAGAUGCACCGCUGGUGGAAAUCGCUGAAAUUAAUGAAAUAAGACAGCUUGCAAAAGAAAAUGCCGUAUUUGUUCACGAAAUGACGACACAAGAAAAGGAUGAUCUCAUUGCCCACUUCAGUCAAGCAUAGAGAUAAAGAAAACCUUACAAGCUCCUCUUCGAAAGUAUAUGCUCUCAAUAUCUACCAGACUACUUUAUCUUUUAUAUAUUUCUAAUUUUUGUACAGA